AUGAACCAGCUGCGAUCUUGGUGGAAUAAAAAAGGUGUCUCUCAUCAGGAGCGGAGCGAGGGCUCGCCAGCUUCCUCUCAGCCCCGUGACUUGCACACCCACAAGAACAGGGGAGAUUGCAGAGGAAGAGUGCAGCGGGAUUUCUCUACAGGUGCUUGCUUGUGGAAGGAAGGCUGCGGCUUAACGUCACUGUGGGAUUACCCCGCUGGCGGCUGUCCUCGUAGCUCUUCUCCCGAGAGAAGAAUAAGGGAUUCUUUUAGCUCUGCUGCCGUAUCGGGAGUAAGCAGCACUUGCAACGGAGUCCGACCUCCGGCUGGUUCCAGGGGAAGUGCUUGUAGGCUGAGCGAGCCCCUCGCGGGUUUGCGGGCAGGCUUUCUCCUUCCGCCCCCUUUGCCGGAUUUGCUUCUUGGCAGUUUGUCGUCUGUUUUCCCUGCCGUGGAGGUUCCCACGGGGAGAAAAGCCUCAGUUCCGCUCUUCCGAUUUGCGACCCGCAGCGCCGGUGGCCUGGAUAUCUAUACCGAGGUGGACGAGUGGCCCCAGUCCUUGAGGGAAGUCAACGAUGGGCCCUUCUCUCCUGUUCUCUGUGCAGCUAACGUCUCUGUUCGCCAUUGUCUGGACAAGGGAGACGUGCACUACGCCCAUUUUCACAUCCUCUCUCCGGAGGCAGCUGUUGGGGUGCCCAAAAUCCACACCCAGGUCAAGGUGAACGGACUCUUGCUGAUGUCUCACGACCACCGCACCAACCAGCUAACCCCCAGGAAUGGGUACCCCAAGGAACAGAUGGGGGACACUACCUUUUGGCAAGUGAUGGAUGUCCAGUGCCACUACUGGGAGACGUGGGCUGAAAACAUCUUCAGGAACCUGGUGCGGGAGAUGAACUCCACCUUGCCCCAAUCAAAUCUUUAUUACAUGCAGGUCCUCCACACCUGCGAUCUGGACGAGGGCACGGGAGCCUUCCGGCACCUGAGCCGCUACGCCCUCAACGGGGAGGACAUGCUCUACUACCAAGGCGGUCCAAAGCGAUGGUUGUCCUCUCACCCAGCGGCGGCAGCCAUCGCCAAGACCUGGAACCGGGAGACGGACAAGGUGGCUGGCCUUGACACGUACACCGCUGAGGGCUGCAAGGCCCACAUCCACCGGACGGCCCCGUUUGCCACUCGCAAGAUGGACCAGCCUGUGGUGACUGUGUAUUCCAGAAAAAGGACCGAGGGACAACUGUACCUCGUCUGCCACGUUGCCGACUUUUACCCUCAAGCCAUUGAGGUGAAAUGGGAAUGGAGAGGCCAGCCUGUCAGUGAAGAGCAGGUGACCGGUAGCAGGGUCCUCCCUAACGCAGACCACACGUUCCAAACCCAGCUUCAGAUAUCGCUUGAAGAAUCAGGGGCUGACCCUGACAAAUACGAGUGUGUGGUCCAGCAUGCCAGCCUGGGAGAAAUACCUCUGAGAGUGUCGUGGGGCUGCGAACAACGGAGAGUUCCCCUCUGGGCUGUGAUUGUCAUUCUGUCCGUCCUGGCAGUAUUGGGACCAGCCACACUUACCUCUUGGCUCAGGAAAAGGAAAAGCACCUCAGCUGUUCAAAGAAGGAACAUUGUCUAUUCGGUCGCCACCACCUCUUAAAUACUGGAAAAUCUGCCCACACGUUUUAACAAAUACUUUCGACGACACAAAGGACUAGCUUCCGUUAUGGCGAUUUAUGCACUUGCGGUCUGCUUUGUGUUGCGCAUUCAUUCCCUUCAGGUUGGCUUCUCUGUAACCAGGGGCGUAUCGAAGGAAAAUGGAGCCUGGUGCAAAAUCUGAGUUUUCCGCCCCUGACCCCCGAAUGAGCU